UGAUUUUGAAUUAAUAAACUAUAAAUAAAUGUCAUUGUAGUGUCAGAAAAUAUCUCUCAUAAUUUUAAACAUUCAUCGCGAGAUGCCCCAUUAAAUUUUUGGUGUACCCACAAAGUUCAAAAUGAGUAGCGAUAAGAUAGAAAAACUCCAGCAGAUAAAAAACAAGGAGAAGAUAUUUUUGAUCGAGAAUAUGGCCCGUUUAAAAUCUGCGAACGGGCUUUCAAAUCAAAAGUAGAAGAAGGUGGUUGCGCUGGUUGCAGUAUUUUAAAGAAUGGCAACUCAACCAUGUUCCCCUUAUUCCCCGACCAAAUUACAGACCUGAAGGUAAAAGGUUUUCAGAUAGAUGUAGACAUACUGAAGAUGUUCAAACCCAUACCCAAAACAAUUGGUAGUGCUGAAGUAUCCAUGAAAGAUAUAUUCCGAGCAGUUGUCGAACACAUGACGAAAAUCCGUGGAAACGGUUUCCAAAAGUAUGAAAACCGUUACCGACUUAAAAACGCUGAAGAUGAUCCCGUGGGAUAUGUUGACCUCUUCUUGCGACUCUCCAGCAUGGGUAAAAUGAUAGUGACCAAAUUUCAAAUGGAUACUGCUAAGGAAUGUGUAGAAUUCCACACGGAUGCUGGGAAUACAUACAAAUACCAGAAACAAGUGUUCCCCGAUCCUUAUUUAUGCAGACCUUGUGGUCAACCAACCAAAAUGUUUCCACCGUAUGAAAAGGUCGCAGAUCUGCCGAAAGACUUUCCGGCAUUUAAGGUCACCCCAGAAAUGAAGUCGAGGUUACAAUCAAGACGAAAUAAAGAAUUGGGAAUUGAAGAAGAACCUCCAAAGGCAGAGGAGGGAAGAAAGAAGCCAAACCCAAAAAGAACGCUAAGAAAGCAGCUGGCAAACCCGCAGCUCCAGCCCCUGCAAAACAACGUCCGCAACCACAAGCUGCUAAAGAAGAAAAACCGAAAGAAGAGGAAAAACCUGCUAAGGAAGAAGAACCGAAAGAAGAAGAAAAGCCAACAGAAGAUUAAACAAAAAUAUUAUUAUAAAUCAAUGCGAUCUCAUUAAAGAAACUUUUACUUAUA